UGUCCCUCCGCUCUUCAGCAGCCGGUCGGGGGCGGUGGGAGAGCUAGUGAAGAGAGCGCGACGGCGGCGGCGGCGGCGGAGCCAUCGCGGGACAGUGAGGGAGCCAGCGGGGCCGGAGCGUCUUCGUCUAGGAUCAAAAUGGUUUCAAUCCCAGAAUACUAUGAAGGCAAGAAUGUACUCAUAACCGGAGCUACUGGUUUCCUAGGGAAGGUACUUCUGGAAAAGCUGCUAAGAUCUUGUCCAAAAGUGAAUUCAGUGUUUGUUUUGGUGAGGCAGAAAUCUGGACAGACACCCCAGGAACGAGUGGAGGAACUCAUUAGUUGCAAGCUCUUUGACAGAUUGAGAGAUGAAAAUCCAGAUUUUAGGGAGAAAAUUAUAGCAAUCAACAGUGAACUCACCCAACCUAAACUGGCUCUUAGUGAAGAAGAUAAAGAGAUUAUCAUAGAUUCUACCAAUCUUAUAUUCCACUGUGCAGCUACAGUAAGGUUUAAUGAAAAUUUAAGAGAUGCUGUUCAGUUAAAUGUGAUUGCUACACGACAACUUAUUCUCCUUGCACAGCAAAUGAAAAAUUUGGAAGUAUUUAUGCAUGUAUCAACAGCAUAUGCUUACUGCAAUCGAAAACAUAUUGAUGAAGUGGUCUAUCCACCCCCUGUGGAUCCCAAGAAGCUGAUUGAUUCUUUAGAGUGGAUGGAUGAUGGCCUCGUAAAUGAUAUCACACCAAAAUUGAUAGGAGACAGACCCAAUACAUACAUAUACACGAAAGCAUUAGCCGAAUAUGUUGUACAACAAGAAGGUGCAAAGCUAAAUGUGGCAAUUGUAAGGCCAUCAAUUGUUGGUGCCAGUUGGAAAGAACCAUUUCCAGGAUGGAUUGAUAACUUUAAUGGACCAAGUGGUCUUUUUAUUGCGGCAGGGAAAGGAAUUCUUCGAACAAUGCGUGCCUCCAACAAUGCCCUUGCAGAUCUCGUUCCUGUGGAUGUAGUUGUCAACACAAGUCUUGCAGCAGCCUGGUAUUCCGGAAUUAAUAGACCAAGAAACAUCAUGGUGUAUAAUUGCACAACAGGCAGCACUAAUCCUUUCCACUGGGGUGAAGUUGAAUAUCAUGUAAUUUCCACUUUCAAGAGGAAUCCUCUCGAACAGGCCUUCAGACGGCCCAAUGUAAAUCUAACCUCCAAUCACCUUUUAUAUCAUUACUGGAUUGCUGUAAGCCAUAAGGCCCCAGCACUCCUGUAUGAUACCUACCUCAGGAUGACUGGAAGAAGCCCAAGGAUGAUGAAAACAAUAACCCGUCUUCACAAAGCUAUGGUGUUUCUUGAGUAUUUCACAAGUAAUUCUUGGGUCUGGAAUACUGACAAUGUCAAUAUGUUAAUGAAUCAACUAAAUCCUGAAGAUAAAAAGACCUUUAAUAUUGAUGUUCGGCAAUUACAUUGGGCAGAAUAUAUAGAGAAUUACUGCAUGGGAACUAAAAAAUAUGUAUUGAAUGAAGAAAUGUCUGGCCUCCCAGCAGCCAGAAAACAUCUGAACAAGUUGAGGAACAUUCGUUACGGUUUCAAUACUAUCCUUGUGAUCCUGAUCUGGCGCAUUUUUAUUGCAAGAUCACAGAUGGCAAGAAAUAUCUGGUACUUUGUGGUUAGUCUGUGUUACAAGUUUCUGUCAUACUUCCGAGCAUCCAGCACUAUGAGAUACUGAAGAGAAGAAUUAAGCAUUAGAACAUCUAUGUAUAUGGUGGUCUGAAUGAACAAAUGUAAAAUGUACUGAAAUCAUCUCACCUUUUGUCAAGACAUUAAACCAUCUUAGAUCAGAGUGUGAAAUAAAUUAUGGUACAUUUUAUGUAACAUUUUAAUGUUAUCCUCAUAAAACUUAAUGAAUACACUGUAAUAAUGCCAGCUCAAAUCUACAGUAGCCACAAAAACCAUAACUUAACAUUUUGAUCCCUGGGGAGAGGGGUGGGGAGAGGUAGGAAUGGGGUAGUAGGAGCACUGACCAGUUUAACUGUGCAAUUCUGGAACCAUAUUAAUUAAAAUAUGCCUUAAAGUUGUGCAUUUCUAAUUCUGAUAUUUAGUGCAAUGGAAAACAUUUAUUUGGACAGGAAUGGUAGCUAAGUUGGUUGAUAUUUUGUUCUUCAGUGUUUGACUUUUUUUUUUUUUGCAUUGAAGUGGAUUUUAUUUUUGUUAAAAUUACAGCCAAACUAUUUUUACAUCAGUCCUGUAAGUUAUUGAACUGUCUCUCAGACACGAAAGACAUUCUGUAAUUUUUCUUUUCCAAUAAGAGAUUUGUAUAUUAUUUUUCUGUAAGCUGUCUUUUGCUUUCGUAAUCAGAAGUCCGUUGCAACUCUAAAGUUCUACUGAAUCUAAAUGGUUUUGAAGAUCCUUAAAAAUAUAUACUGUAAUUUGAAAGAAAAUGUUAUGAAAUUCAGUAAGAUUGUUAGUGCAAAAAAAUAAAAGGAAUACAUUGUUCCCACAUUAUGACCAGUCGAAAAAUAGUCUUGUGAGAUUUUUGGAUUUUUUAAGCUAAAGAAUUUCUUGAGAUUUUUGUGGGGAUGUGACUCAUCAUACUUGUGUGUUCCUCCCUCUUGAAAAGCUUAUGAUUUGUUAUCAGUAAAAACUGAAAGUGCAUUAUUAUGGAAGAAUGUAUUUGCAGAUUGUCAUAACAUUUGUCAUGUGUGUAAACACAUACUAAUUUUUGACCUUGAGAGCUGAAUUCCUUUAAGAGAAAAAUACAUAACAUGAUGUGUAUAAAAUUAAAUAAAGGAAUUUAUUUACAUACCACAUAAAGUAGCAAUCUGUUGAAUGAGUUUGAAAAUAUCAUUUAUUUUUUCUGCAUGUGGUUUUAGCUGUAGAAAAGAAAUAAACUAUAGAAACAUGUAAUAGCAACAGAUUAAUGUAUAUUUUAAUGAUACAUUGUAGUUCCCUUUAACCCUGUGUAGUAGUUAAUUCUCCUUACUGUUUUAAAAUACAUUUGAUUUAAUAGAUUGAUCAGCAUAACAUUCUAAUUUAGCUGAUCAAGUUGUACUAUAUAUAAGUCAGCAUUGUUAUCUUGAAUAUGUUCAGUGAGGUCAAUUCACAAUACAAAAAGUUACAUAGAAUUUUGUCUUCAAAUAUCAAUUUAAAUGCAGUGUAUAAGAAGUUUAUUUUGUUAAUGUGAGAAAAACUAAAUGUAAAGGAAAUCACCUUCUUCCAUGCAGGUGUAAUGUUGGAAAGGAAAAAUGCUGCUUCCUUGUCGAAGCCAGAUUUUCUGUAGUAAAACAUUUAAACAUUAUUUUGAAAUAAAUAUGUAAUAAAUAUAUAGAGAUAUAAAAGUUCUUUGGCUCAUGAUGCUAGUCUCUGGUCUAGGACCAUACCUUGUUUAAGGUGUGAGAGACUGUGACGAGUGUCGAUAAUGGAUUAAAUGAUGCCUUUGAUUUUAAAUUGGUCUACAUAAUUAACUAUAGAUGCUCUAUGCAUUGAGUAUUCCAUCUCUUUAAAUAUAUUUCCAUAAUGUUUUAAAAACAUGCUCACAUUUGUUUGAUUUUUAUACUUUUGCUGAAUAUAUCUAGAAUUAGAUGAAUUGCCUUUAUGUCUUGCAAAAAAAUCAGGUACAACUUUGAUAGGCAUAUGAAGUACAUAGGAGUAUGUCUUCUCAGCUGUGUCAUUAUUUUUGUAACUCAAUUUAAAGAAAUAGUAACUGGGAGGGUGCUGAGGCCAUUGAAUUUUGUUUUGUUUGUUAAAUCUAAUGAAUAAAGUACUAUGUCAUACUGGAGUCUUGCAGUUCGAAAAUUAAUAUGAAAAGUAUGAGGGAUUGUUAAUCUUUAUGAACUAGACUCUAAAUUCAAAGAUUUUGCAAACUUUUGCUUGUGUCAUUCACUAAAUAUGAUUUUAGUUCUUUUUGAUUAUAUUUUCUACUCAAGCUCAAUUUUAACAGAAUAGGCUAUUAAAUAAAUUUAACAUUUCAUUUGACUCGUUUGAUAAAGCUGUAUUGUAUAAAUUUUUUGUUUUGUCCCCCCCUCUGUUCACUCUGGAUUCCUACAAUUCUGGCAUCUGUAGACGUCAAUGUUGACAUCAUUGUGAAUAUAUUGAUAUUUGAUUUGGUAACAUUAAUGUGUCUUAAAACAACGCACGUGUAUAGCAGUGCAUUCUUUGUCUUAAGGAUGGUAUAAAAUAAGCAUUGUUUGAAUUUAUUUGUGCUUGGAAUCAGGGAGGAAAACCUUUUUUGUGUUUUUUUAGGAACUAGUUUAAGGGCUUUUUGUUUUAAAUGUAAGUUGGUAAUCUUUUAUAAAAAGCAAAUUCAAGCAUUAUAGGGUGUCUUUGUAAAUCAGAAAGUAAUAAAUGAAACCCUACAUUUCCGUUACAGAAUUUGUUGUAUUUUCCUAUAUUCUGAAAAUUACUCUGAGGUUACUUAUAAGAUAAUGUCUUUGGGAUUAUAGGAAGCUGUUGUCAUUUAUACUUACUAUCUUUUUUUAUGGUAUAUUCAUUAUAUCUUAAUUUUAUUUAAUUCCAGUUUUUCCAAUAGCAUUUUAAUAAUUGAAAGUUAGGGUAAACAUUUUUGUUAAGGUGUUAUAUUUGUGUAUUUAGCUAGGAUGAGGUGAAUUUUUUAUUUUCUGUACCAGGAGACUGCCAGAUCCAAAGGCUGUCUCAACAUUGAAUUUAUAGCUACAGUUUUACUCACUUACUCAGUUAGUAUAAGAGAUCAUUCAUUAGUAAUACAGAUUAACUAGGAUAAAAAAGAGCAUCAUUCCCCAGCAGUGCUGGACUAAAGCACUGAGUCAAUCAGGCCUGUCUGGCUGGACUAUAUAUCACUGGAAGUGGUCCCUAGCCCCCUGAGUACUGUUUGAGAGGUGCCCCACAUCACCCAACAAAUGGCUAUCAGGCUGUAAACAAGGGAAUGUAAAUGGUUUUCCAAACAUGCUUCCAGCCUGAUUCUAAACCGUAACUUGAAACGAUUAACUUGACUUGCUCCUUUUUGAGGAAAACUCAACCGUUCGUGUGAGAAUCUAGGAAAGGAAAGUUUGCUGCACAAUUUGAUAUUAAAACUAACAAUCUGAUGAAAGAAAUAUUUUCUUACUGAACUUAGUUUUUGUCUUAAAGCAUUUUCUAUUCAUGAAUGUGUUUUUUUUUUUAUGGUGGUAUCUUAGCAUAUUUCUCUGCUACCCUUAAGAUUCCUAAAUAAGUCAUCUUUGUCAAUUCAGCAUAGUUGUGCAAAAUUGUUAAAUAAUUCUUUUUUAAAUUAAAGACAAAUUUGAGUAACA